AUGUCUGCGUCAGCAGAGAAUAUUCUUCUCCAAGAAAUCGAGCCGAUUGAUGGGUCUAGCGCUAACAGGGAGGUAAGCCCUAUCGCUCAUGACGAGCCCGGGCCGAACACAGCCAAUCUUUUAUCUGUCUUUGGACACGCGACGGCACUGCAAAUAUGUACGCUUGUUGGCUCAGCGCUAUGCGCAAUCUUGAGUGGUGCGGCAAUGCCCCUGGUCACCGUGGUCUUUGGAGCAUUGGCAGAUGGAUUCAUUAAUGGAGACAAUAAGUCUCCGGAGUAUUCUAUUCACAAAACUCAACAUCUGGCAGUCAUACUGGUGUUAAUUGCGAUCGGAUCUUUUAUCACGACUUUGCUCAGCACAUGGGGCUUCAACGCCGUCGGGGAGCAACUCACGCGUCAGGUGCGACGAGACCUGCUGGACUCAGUCAUGCACCAGAAUAUGGCAUAUUUUGACUAUGCUGGAACGGGACAGUUGAUCUCGCAUCUUGAUCAAGACAUGAAGUUGAUACAAGAUGGUAUCUCCCAGAAAGCGAGCGACAUUAUUUCCGGGGUUUCUGGGACCGCAAUCGCCCUAGCCUGUGCUUUUAUUACCAACCGACGAUUCGCGUCUAUCUUGGUCAGUCAGCCAAUAUCGCUCGUCACUCUCGUCGGAUUGAUGGGGUUCUGGUUGAGCAAGGUUCAGAGAAAGGGGGCCACUCAUAUGGCCAGAGCGAAUGAUUUAGCUCAAGAGGUUCUCGGAGCUAUGAGAAACGUGAUCGCAUAUCGCAGUCAAGACCGGUAUGCCCGAAAGUACUGCACACAUCUGGAAUAUCCAUCAAAAUUGGAUUACCAAGAGCGGCUAAUCUUUGGGGUUGUGGUCGCGGGUUCGUUCACUAUACUGCACUGGAGUAAUGGACUCGGGAUCUGGCAAGCAGAGCGAUUAAUAGGUUUGGGUCAGUGCACCAUUUCAGAGGUUUUGACUGUCCUUUAUGCAACAACGGUUGCUGGUGCUAUGCUGUGUCAAGCUUUGCCCUUUGUUGUAAGCAUCACAAAUGCCAACGAAGCAGCAUGCCGGGUAUUCUCUGUUGUCAGAGGAGUGCCGGACGUGAGACCUUCGGAAGAUAAAUUUUUACAGCCUGAUCUAGCCACCGGAGCAAUUCGCUUCGAUGAAGUAAGCUUUGCUUAUCCUUCGCGUUCUGAACAUCUGGUACUCGACAAUGUCAGCUUUGAAAUGCCCGCAGGAGGUACUGUUGCUUUGAUCGGACCCUCUGGAUCAGGGAAAUCGACGAUAUUUGCUUUGAUUGAGCAACUUUAUUAUCCUUCCACUGGAAGAAUUAUGAUCGGGAAUAAUCCAAUUGAAGAAAUGGACUUGAUCUGGCUCAGAUCUCAGAUUGGCUACGUCAGUCAAGACGUCACUUUGUUCAACACAACAAUCCAUUCCAACAUUGCCAAUGGGCUCUCACAAAAUGCUCAAGAGGCGCUCGACGAGAAGAGCAUUCAACAACUAGUGGUAGAAGCAGCUAAAAUUGCGUGCAUUCAUUCAUGCAUUACCAAUAUGCCUCAAGGCUAUGACACAGUUAUCGGAGUAAACGGAUCAAGACUGUCGGGUGGUCAGAGACAACGCCUUGCAAUUGCACGCGCAGUUGUAUCCAAACCAGCGAUUAUGCUGUUGGACGAAGCCACAUCUGCGCUUGAUAGCCAAUGUGAACAUGAUGUUCAUAAAGCACUUGAAUCGGCUACAUCCGGGAGAACCACAAUCAUAAUUGCUCAUCGCCUCUCGACUAUAAGAAAUGCAGACAGUAUAAUCAUCAUGCAAGGUGGUAAAAUCCUGAAUCAAGGAAGUGAUACUCAGUUGAUGCAAAAUUGCCCACUGUACCAGGCUCUUAUACGACAACAAGAGCUUGGAUAUGUGGAGCGAGAGCAGAUAGGUACAUCUGUGGAAGUUACACAGGGCAAGAAGUCCCAAAAAGAAGCCUCUGUUAGCAUUAACAAUGUGGCUGGCGCCGACGGGAUCCCAUCGGUGGUCCAACUUGGAAGCAGUAUCAGUAGGAUCUGGGCCUUGAACUACCCAGAAAUACUCUUUACCUCGACAGGGAUUUUUCUCAGUGUACUUGCUGGUGCAACGUACCCCAUACAAGCUAUAUACUUCGGGGGCGGCAUAAUGUCGCUCUUGAAACCCUCUUUAAGCACGGGUGGCCAUACCCCUGACUUCUGGGCAAAGAUUUACUUGGUCCAUGGCUUCAUUGUGCUCUCGAUAUACUGUCUCCGAGGGUUCUGCUUCGCAGUCUCAGCCUCUAAACUUAGCUUCCGGGCCCGGUCUGAGCUGUUUAAUGCACUGCUUUCGAAAAACCUCCCUUUCUUCGAAGAGGAUGAACAUUCUACUGGGGCAUUGGUAAGCAUAUUGUCCUCGGACACUGCCAAAGUGGUGGGCGUAUCAGGAACCUCUCUUGGUCUCGUGACGGAAAGUACCACGAUGCUUCUUACUGGUGUCCUUAUUGGAUGCUUGUUUGGUUGGAAAAUUGGCCUUGCUGCAACUGCUACCGUUCCACUAGUUGCAGCUUCUGGUUUUCUCCAAUACCAUAUUGUCACAAAAGUUGAGGAUUUUGUGAGACGAGAUAUUCGCGCCGUGGCUAUUGCUCACGAAGCCCUCACUGCAAUUCGGACAGUAACAGUCUUUGGCCUUCAUCAGUCAGUCAUGGAAUCUUUCCAAGGGGCAAUUGAGCAGGACAGCCAAAGUAGAUACUGGGCUAUCUCGGCUGCCAUGUACGCAUGCACGACAUCGUUGCGCAUCUUCAGCAUAGCAUUCGUAUUUUGGUUCGGAGGUACUCACCUCAUCGCCACUGGGGAGUACACCAUUCAACAAUUUUUUAUCUGCUUUGCGGCUACAGUGUGGGGAACACAGUCAGCAGCCACCCUCCUUUCGCGUGCUCCAGACAUCGCUGGUGCACAUUCUUCUGCUCAAAGAGUCAAUAUUUUGAUGGAAGCUCAAGCCACCCAUCGCUCUGAAAGACCGGCAAGUGGUAUGCCACUACCUUUGCCAAAAACAACGCAAGAGCUUGCUUUCCAUCAAAUCAACUCGUGCUGGAUAAUUUCAGUUUCAAAGCUCCCGCAGGGUCCUUUUGUUGCUGUUGUGGGAUGCACGGGCAGUGGGAAAAGUUCUGUGAUAAACCUGAUCGAGCGAUUUUACACUUACGAAAGUGGCCAAGUAACGCUUAGCAAUACGCCAAUAGACCGAUACUCCCUCGACAGUUAUCGUAGUUACUAUUCACUCGUUGAUCAGAACCCAUGUUUGAUUGGAAACGAUCUGCGAGAUUGCCUUCAGAGUGGAGGGCAUUUCUUCUCCGACGAUGAGAUUUAUUCAAUUCUGAAGGCCGUUGGUCUGAAGGAUUUCCUGAUGUCUCUUCCGCAAGGACUGAGUACUUUAGUAACCGGAAACGGCUCAACACUCUCGGGCGGACAACGCCAACGCAUGGCUAUUGCAAAGGCUCUUCUGCUACGGCCGAAUAUUCUUUUGCUUGAUGAAGCUACUUCUGCACUUGAUGUUGCGUCAGAACAAAUCGUCCAAAAAGCUAUAAAAGACAUGAUGAGAUAUCGCACUACAAUCGCCAUAACCCAUCGACUGAAUACCAUCGUCGAUGCUGAUGAAAUACUUGUAGUUGACUGUGGCAGGAUUAUUGAAAGGGGCACCCAUGAGGACCUGAUGGGAAUGGAAGGCAGGUAUUGGCAAAUGGCUAGGUUGCAGCAACUGGGCGGGACAACCUGA